AUGCCCGAGGAGAAUGGUCACAUGAUACAGCCGUUCAGAAACCUCUGCUUUAUCCUAAAGCAACCCCAGGACACCGAAUUCUCCGAACGGCAGAUACCCAAAAUUUCCACGCCACACGACGUCCUCAUAGCCGUCAACUAUACCGGCAUCUGCGGAUCCGAUGUGCACUACUGGGAGCAUGGUGCAAUAGGCCAUUUUGCCGUUAAGGACCCAAUGGUCCUGGGUCACGAGUCUGCAGGCACAGUUGUUCGCGUUGGAAGUGCCGUGAAGUCGCUUGCGGCCGGAGACAAGGUCGCGAUUGAGCCAGGCUAUCCUUGCCGGCGCUGUGGUGAUUGUCUAGCCGGCCGGUAUAAUCUCUGUCCGGACAUCAUCUUUGCGGCAACGCCGCCCAACGACGGUACGCUUGCUGGGUUCUGGGUUGCCCCGGACGAUUUCUGCUACAAGCUGCCCGACCAUGUCUCGCUUCAGCAGGGUGCUUUAAUUGAGCCCCUCGCGGUUGCUGUGCACAUUGUAAAGCAAGCCAAUAUCUCACCGGGUGCUAGUGUUGUAGUCAUGGGUGCUGGUCCAGUUGGCCUCCUUUGCGCCGCAGUUGCAAGGUGCUUUGGCGCUUUCACGGUUGUCAGCGUUGAUAUUACUCCAUCGAAGCUUGACCUUGCCAAGGCGAUGGGAGCUACGCACACGUACCUCUCUAGUGGAAUAUCAGCCGAAGAGAAUGCAAAGGCGCUGCGAGAGCAGUGCAACCUCGAGAAUGGCGCCGAUGUGGUUGUUGAAGCAAGUGGUGCGGAAAGUUCAAUACAAGCUAGCUUACACGUUGUUAAAGUGGGCGGAACCUUUAUACAGGGCGGUAUGGGCAGAGCAGACAUCACAUUUCCGAUUAUGAGCAUGUGUCAGAAAGAGAUCUCAGCACGAGGAAGUUUUCGUUACGGGCCUGGAGACUUUGAGCUAGCUGUUGGGCUGGUGUCGAAUGGUAGUGUAGAUGUACAGAAGCUGGUCACGGGCGUGGUAUCUUUCAAACGAGCUGAGGAGGCCUUCAAAAUGGCAAAGUCGGGCGAGGCUGUCAAGAUAUUGAUUGCAGGUCCCAAUGAAGCAAUGCAUGUGUAG